UAAUUGGAAAAAAGUAACUAUUUAACAAUGUUUUUAUUUGAAUGAAGUUCUCAUUUUAAGAUUGUGUUACACCUAAAAUACUUACAAUAAAUUCGUCGAAAACAAAAAUGUCUAUUCAACUAACUAGUUUAGUGAUUUUGGUAGCAAUAGCCACCGAUAUUGUGUUCAGUGCCCCAACAACCUCGGACCCAAAUACUUUGACAGAUUCUAAUUGCGAUUUGAUAACACAACUCAUAGACAGCAAAUACCCACUGACCGACCCAGUAGUGUUACCUGAUGGCAGUGUUAAGUACCGCAUAGCUAUUAUCAGUGACUUGGAUGGCAACUCAGUGAGCCCAGACAAGGCUUUUACGUGGAUCAGCUAUUUCAAAAAGGGGAAUUUGACUUAUAACUCAGUUACCAAAAAUAUCACGAUUGAAUGGGAUUCCACGAAUAACGGUAAUCAAUUCAAAUCGAAUUUAGCGACGAGUGGUCGAGGUUUAGAACUAUCAGAAUUAGUUACCUAUAAUGGUAAUCUUAUAACACUUGACGAUAAAACUGGUUUGGUUUAUGUAAUCGAUGACAACAAUUUGAUACCUUGGGUAUUGGUUGUUAAUGGCAAUGGACGAAAAACAAAAGGAAUGAAAAACGAAUGGGCUACAGUCAAGGGUUCAAAACUCUACGUGGGCUCACACGGUAAAGAAAUGGUGACGGAGGAUGGAAAGACAGUCACUGAUCUUGGAUUAAUGUGGGUGAAGACCAUCGACAAGUUUGGUAGUAUAAAGCACUUGAAUUGGACAGAAAAUUUCAUCAAAGUCCGGGCAGCCAUCAAUAUACACUUCCCGGGAUACAUGACUCACGAGGCAGUUGAAUGGAGUGACGUACAUCAGCGAUGGUUCUUCUUGCCAAGAAAAGCUUCAGAAAAUCCAUUCGACCCGUUGAUUGACGAAAAGAAAGCAACGAACGUAUUAUUGUCUGCUACACCAGAUUUUAAUGACAUUAAGGUAGUACGCAUUGGCAACCUAGUACCUGACCACGGUUACGCUAGUUUUAAAUUUAUUCCUGGAACUAAUCACAGCGUGAUUACUGCAAUUAAUACACUAGAAGAAGGUGACACCACAGCCACAUAUAUAACCGCGUUCACCGUCGAUGGAGAGAUUAUUUUCCCGGAAACCAAAGUAUCUGAUCUUAAAUUUGAAGGAUUCGAAUUUAUUUAAGUUAUUUUAUAAUUAAUCUGUUAAAAUUAUUUUAUACAAUGUAUAGCUGAUACGAACGCACAAUAUACAUUACACACAACAUUAUAGGUACUUAUAAAUAUUUAAUACAUCGUAGUAAAGCAGUUUUAUUGUACUAGCUAAUUUAUGUUGUAGUUUUAUAUUACGGAUUUGAUUUAAUGAUAUAACAAAAGAGCUAUGAAUACACUUAGUCUUUAUUUAAAUGUGUCA